AUGAAGGGAGAUGCCAACAACCAAUCCUCAGGGCCCAACUCAAACGGCCAACCCCAUGUAGAAUAUUCUUCAGAUUCUGAAGAUGAAGCUUACAAGGCCAAUGGAAAGUCAGCUGCUGACCUCAACAGAGUCGCCCUUUCAGAUGCAAACAAUUCAGCAAAAUCGAGAGGCUCAAGUGCGAAAAGUGAUGAAGGUGAUAAAGAGAAGAAAGAUGAGGAAGAGGCAAAGAUGGUGGGAAUGUUUGAAGUCUUUAAGUUUGCUACAUGUGGUGACGUUCUCCUGAUGAUUCUGGGGUCACUAACAGCCUGUUGUCAUGGUGCUGCGUUGCCGGGAAUGAUCAUCGUGUUUGGAGACAUGAUAGAUCUGUUUGUGAAUUCUGGCCUGUACAGUACUGCAGUGGACUCCAUCUAUGCUAUCCUGGUAGCUAUGGGGUACACUCUGACAUUUACCCGGGACGAAGCUUUCUCUAAUCCAGAGUUGCUCAGAAACGUAAGUAACAUCAGUGACUACCUACCACAGCUUGACUACCAGCUGGAAAACAGCCUUCUCGACCAAAUGGGCACCUUCGCCAUUUAUUAUAUCAUAAUUGGAUGUGGUGUACUUGUGGUCGGAUAUUGUCAGGUCACUUUCUGGGCCAUUGCCGCUGAGCGCCAGUCACACAGAAUCCGGCAAGCAUUCUUCAAGAAUGUUAUUCGUCAAGAAAUAGGAUGGUUUGAUACGCAUGAAUCAGGAGAGCUGAACACCCGUUUGUCUGACGACAUUAACAAAAUCCAUGCUGGUAUCGGGGACAAGCUUGGAUCAUUCUGGCAGUGGUUUUCGGGUUUUCUGGCUGGGUUUGUAAUAGGUUUCUAUUAUGGUUGGAAACUGACUUUGGUAAUUCUCGCCAUAAGUCCACUACUAGCAGCGACAGGAUUUGUCAUGAAUAAGUUGGUGGGAACAAUGUCCAGUAUGGAGUUGAAGGCUUAUGCCAAGGCAGGAUCGGUGGCAGAAGAGGUACUCAGCUCAAUCCGAACAGUUGUCGCCUUCGGAGGACAGAAAAAGGAGUUUGUUAGAUAUGACAAAAACUUGGAACAUGCCAAGAAGAUUGGUAUAAAGAAAAGUAUCACAAGUGGAUUAUCUAUGGGAAUCAUUUGGUUCAUCAUGAUGGGGUCAUACGCUCUUGGAUUCUGGUAUGGUGCCAAGCUUGUUCGUGAUGAUGGUUACAGUAUCGGGAAAGUCCUGAUCGUGUUCUUCAGUGUGCUGAUUGGUGCGUUUUCACUUGGUAAUGCAGCUCCACAUCUCCAGAGUCUUGCAGUGGCCAGAGGAGCUGCGUACAUUAUCUUUCAACUCAUAGAACAGAAACCAGAUAUAGACAGUGAAUCCAAAGGUGGGAAGCAACCUGACAGGAUCCAGGGAAAUGUGGAUUUCCGUGGAGUACGCUUUACUUAUCCGGCACGAAAAGAAGUCGAGGUCCUGAAGGGUGUUAGCCUACAUGUGGCUAAUGGUCAGACAGUAGCCUUGGUGGGCUCUAGUGGAUGUGGUAAGAGUACCAUGGUUCAGCUACUGCAGAGAUUCUAUGACCCAACAGAAGGGCAGAUUUUGAUAGAUGGUACAGAUAUCCGUGAACUAAAUGUACCGUGGCUCAGACAGCACAUUGGUAUAGUGAGUCAGGAACCAGUCCUCUUUGCCACUACAAUUGCUGAAAAUAUCCGAUAUGGACGAGAAAACGUCACUGAUGAUGAAAUCAGAAAGGCAGCAGAGAUGGCUAAUGCUCACAACUUCAUCAGCAAUCUUCCGGACAAAUACGAGACACUGGUUGGGGAGCGAGGAGCCCAGUUGAGUGGUGGUCAGAAGCAGAGAGUAGCCAUCGCCCGUGCCCUCGUCAGGGAUCCUCGGAUUCUUCUGCUCGAUGAAGCUACAUCAGCUCUUGAUACUGAGAGUGAGGCCAUCGUACAAGAGGCUCUUGAUAAGGCCAGAGCAGGCAGGACCACCAUAGUGAUUGCACACAGGCUGUCCACCAUUAAGACUGCAGAUACAAUUGCCGGGUUUAAGGACGGUGAGAUCGUAGAAAUGGGGACACACGACCAAUUAAUGUCUCAGGGAGGUGUAUACAAGACACUGGUAACACUACAGACCCAGGAUAGAGACGAGGAAGAGGAUGAUAUCAUUGCCGCAUAUGUUGGUGAUGGCAAGAAACCUUCAGCACAUGGACAGUUAAAAAGGCUUUUGUCCACGACGUCUGACCCCGGAAGUGCAGGAGAGGAGGAGGAAGAUUUGAAAGGCGACAAAAAGGAAAAAAAGAAAAAGAAAGAAAAGGAAGAAUCGGCUCCAUUUUCUCGUGUCAUUCGCCUCAAUGCUCCGGAGUGGCCUUACAUCUUGCUUGGGUCUUUCUGUUCAUUGUUGAACGGUGGUGUACAGCCAGCCUUUGCUGUCAUCUUUGCUGAAGUCAUUGGUGUGUUUGCUGAAGAUGAGGAGACCCAGAAAAAAAAUGUGGCUAUGUACUCUCUGAUAUUGGUUGGCAUUGGUGCUGGAAGUUUCUUUGCUAUGUUAGGACAGGCUUACUUAUUUGGGAAAUCAGGAGAAUGCUUGACAUUAAGGAUCAGACAGAUGGUAUUUAGGGCCAUGUUGAGACAGGACAUUUCCUGGUUUGACGACCAAAAGAACAGCACAGGAGCUCUGACAACACGACUAGCUACAGACGCAUCACAGAUCCAGGGGGCUGCUGGAGCACGUAUUGGUACAUUUUUCCAGUCCUUAGCUAAUAUGGGAACUGCCAUUAUCAUUGCCUUCAUCUAUGGAUGGAAGCUUACGCUGGUGAUCUUUGCUUUCCUUCCAAUCAUUGCCUUAGCUGGAAUGCUGGAAAUGAAGAUGUUGACUGGUGUUGCUGGGCAAAACAAGGAGGCUCUGGAAGAUGCAGGGAAAAUUGCUACAGAGGCAAUUGAAAACAUUCGGACAGUAGCGAGUUUGUCAAAGGAGCCGAAGUUUUUGAAGUUAUAUGUUGCUGAUUUGGAGAUCCCCUACAAAGCUGCUUUAAGGAAGGCCCAUCUAGUGGGAUUUGCCUUCUCUCUGUCCCAAGCUGUAUUAUUCUUUGCCUAUGCAGCUUCUUUUUACUUCGGGGCAUACCUUAUCAAGAAUAAUGAAAUGAACUUUGUCGAUGUGUUCAAGGUAUUCUCGGCCAUUGUAUUCGGAGCUAUGGCUGUGGGACAAGCAAGUGCUUUUGCACCAGAUGCAUCAAAAGCUGGGGUAUCUGCAGCAGCAAUUUUCAAGCUCCUUGAUCAGGAACCAAAAAUCGACUGGGAAUCUGAAGAAGGGCAAAAACCAGACAAGUUCAGCAGUGCUGUAUCAUUUAGGAACACAAAAUUUAGAUAUCCUACACGCCCUGAUAUCAAAGUACUACAGGGACUUAAUCUAGAUGUUGCUCCUGGAGAAACCCUCGCUCUGGUGGGGGCCAGUGGAUGUGGCAAGAGCACGACAGUACAGCUUAUAGAGAGGUUCUAUGAUCCUGAUGAAGGUGUAGUGCUAUUUGACAGAUAUCCAAUACCAGACCUGAAUGUACAAUGGCUACGAGAACAGAUCGGCAUUGUGUCCCAAGAGCCAAUCCUCUUUGACUGCAGUAUUGCAGAAAACAUUGCAUAUGGCGACAACACAAGAGAAAUCCCGAUGGACGAGAUCAUUGCUGCUGCUCGAAAAGCGAAUGUCCAUGAGUUUAUAUCCUCAUUACCAGAUGGGUACGAGACAAGCGUUGGUGAUAAAGGCACACAACUCAGUGGUGGACAGAAACAACGAGUGGCUAUUGCUCGGGCCCUGGUCAGAAACCCAAAGAUUCUGUUGUUGGAUGAGGCGACAUCAGCCUUGGACACAGAGAGUGAAAAGGUUGUACAGGAAGCCUUAGACAAGGCCAGGGAGGGGCGGACUUGUAUUGUAAUCGCUCAUCGUCUGUCCACUAUCCAAAACUCUGACAAAAUCUGUGUCAUUAAGCAUGGUGAGGUAGCAGAGGAGGGUCGUCAUGGGGAUCUCAUGUCCAAACAAGGAAUUUACUACAAAUUGCAAACUGCACAGGCUCGCAAAAAAUAGAAAGCUAAUCUCUGAAGAUAUUUCAAAGUGCUGCAAUUUACUGUGCCUUUUUAGUCUUACCUCUGCAGGACAUGGAGCCAGCAAAGUAUGACUAAUGUCCUACAUUUUGUCCGUAGAUUAGAAAACAGUCCAAGUGCUUUUAAGUUUCUCUUGGUUAUAAUAACUAAAUGAAAGAUUUCGGAAUGAAAACUUAUGAAACCCAUAGGUAGACACCUUUCUCUACAGGACAAUGGGCAUUAGGCUCUGGACGUUUUUAAAUGGCACUCUUUAUAAUCAAUUUUUGGAAAUAUUUAAUAAAACAUUUGUGAUGGCGAAUUAUUAUGUACAUCUGCAUCAUAAUAAGUCUUAUUAUACGUCACAUCAUGUUUUAAGUAAAAUAUACAUGGAACAAAGAAAUCAAAACCAUAUUUUUUUUGUUUAAUUACUAUAAACAUAUGUGUGUAAACAUAUGUAUGUUAGUGUAAAUGUUAUUUCAGCAGUGUUCUUGCUGAAAGUAUUGUGCUAAGAUAUGAUAACACUAAUUGUUGUUUCUCAAUGCUAUUCAUAUGGCAACAUCUGAGAUGCGUUAUUUUAUCAUUUACUUAUUUGAUUUGAUAAAGUGCUCUAAAUUAAAUUUUUUUACAAUAUAGGUAGACUUAUAUACAAUAUAAAUAUUAGUGUUCAGCUAGAAACCAAAUCUUUGUUCUUAUUUAUCUGAAACCUCAAUACUAAAGUUUUUGAGAUCAUUGAAGCAAUAUGCUUAUGUUCAAAUUGUUGUUGAUAUUGGGAUGUUUGCUGAGAAGUUGUAAAGUAUGGAAGAAUCUGUGGCAAAAUGCAGCUUUGUUUGUGAGGCAAAGUGGAGGACCAUUGAUUUUUAUAUAUUGACCUGAUAAUGAAAACUUUUGUGAUAUUCUCAUACUGGUAUUGAUAAAACAGACCAUGACAUGUUAUAUUUUGAUAAGAUUGAAAAAAGAUAGUAAGAAUUCCCUUAAAAUAUGUGACCAAAACACAAUGUAUGUCAUUUCAGGUAUACGUUUUGUAUUUCUGAGAUAAUUUUUGAUGCUAAAAGUUUAAAACAAAUC